AUGGCGAAGAAAGCAAAGGGUCGUGGAAAGAGUUGGUGCCCAGGGUCGGUCGAGUUGAUGCUCGACCACAUCCACGAGCUCAUGCCAGCCGGAAGUAACGUCUGGGAUGAAGUUGCCGCCAAGUUCAAUGCUGGUCCUUACCCUUUCCGUGAUGCAGAAGGUAUCAAGCGCAAGUUCUACACGCUUCGAAACAACGCAGAGCCCACCGGCGAUCCGUCGUGCCCGGUGGAUGUCGUUCGGACCAAAUUCAUCAGUCGUCGCGUUGACGCCAACUGUGCAGUGCUCACCAUGGAAGGCGACGAGGACGACAUGGACGACGACGGUCAUGGCGAUGGCAACAGUAAUGGCAACAACUCUGCGUCCGAGCAAGGUAUCUCUAUGUUUAUUGAUGGCGCGAUGGUAUCUGACGCCAAGGCCUCGUCGGACAUGAUGUCCAUGAUGCUGCUCAUGGACGAACGCGCUACUCAGCGGGAAGAAAAACGGCUCGACAAAGAGCUCGAAUGGCGGCAGCAGCAACAAGAGCGUGAGGAAAAAGUCCAGCGAGAUCGAUCUGAACGCGAUGCAUGA